CAAAAAUAGUUUUCGUAUUUGUUUUAGCUCAUUUCCCCCUUGAAUCAAAACAUCUGGAUAUUUGUUCUCUGUACUUUAUAUUGUCGCUUUUAUCAAAAAUCAGGUUGCCUUUUUUUCAUGAUUUUUAUCAAUUUUCUUUUUUUUCCGUCAAUCAAGUAAUCAUGAUACCUUAUUUGUUUUAAUGUUAUAAUUAUUGAUUUUUUUCCCUUUCAAUCAAAACAUCACACCUAGAUUAUUUUCUUUUUUCUACUUUUUUUUAAAUCAGCGUGGAUUGUUUUAUUUUUUAAUCUAUUAUUUUAUUUUGUCCCUUGAAUCAAAUCACCAGGCUCUGUCUCAUUUGUUACAUUCUUUUUUCCAAAUACAAAUAUUUUGUCGCUGAAAUAAUCCCAGUCACCGUCACCAUAGUUGAUGUAUUAUUGCCUUGCCACCAGUCGCACGGGCCUCCGGGUGGCGCUGUGGUGCCGCCGGGCCACUGGGCAACCGUCCGACCGCCGACGAAACGUCACGAAAACAGACAGCGGCCGGAGGCGAGCGAAAGUGAACGCAAAGGUCAAGUUUUCAAUCAAUUCCGCGGUUGUGUGUUUACUUAAUCAAACUUUGUUUUCCCGUCGAUGACGAGCGUCGCUUUGGCGUGUUAAAUGUGACUUUUAGCGCGAGCGUCCUUGGUGUCCGACAGGUCGCAUCCUCGUGUUAGCCACAUUAGCUGCUAGCUCCUGGCCAAAAGCAAAACGGGGAUGAAUUUGUUACAAAACGACAGCCUGCGGCCGGAGGAGGCGGCGGUGGUGGAGAACGCCAUCCGACUCGCGGUAGACUCCGUCGUCAACGUACUGUACGGCGUCAACAGCGGCCGCAGUCGCGAGUACCAGCGGAUGGUGGCCGAAAGGGACAAAGAGAUCGUCAGGUUGCAGCGCGAGGUGCACGCGCUUCGCCGGCGGGGAUGCGCCUCGUGCACGCUGCUCUCCGGGAGCGAGCGCGACCGGGGGACCCCAGACCGGUCCCCCCCGGGCACCGGGGAGCACAGGGACCGCGACGGCGGUGGGGACGCCGGCCAGCAGCAGCAGUGUGAACUAACUUUCUCCUUGGCUCUCUAUGACGGCCCCCCGUCGCACAUCCCCUCGCCCCCCCGCAGCCGAACGGACCCGUCGGGGGCUUCGGAGGCGGGCGGCGUCGACGUCAAAGCGGAGCCGUGCAACGUGGACGCCGUCCUCGUCAAACGGGAGCAGAGCGAGGAGGAGAGCUCGCGGGAGCGACAGGAGCAGAAGACGGGCGGUCCCCCUUGGGACGCAGAACGGGAGUUCCGAGAAGCGAUGGCCUGCGAGGAAGCGGACGGGCUGGCGCGUGCCACAGAGGCGGAGCAACUGAGGAACAAAAAGAAACGAGUCCCCACGGCGGAGCUGCCCGAGGAGGCCCAGCAGCAGAAGCGCGCGGCGUGGCGAGCCGCCUCCCGACGCUACUACGCCCGCAAGGUGGCCCGCCGGCAGGCCGGCCCCGCGUCGCGCCACGCCCGCUUCCACCGCCCGCCGCCGACCUCGCGCCUCCCCGCGUCGCACUGCGGCCCUUUCGCCGACGACAGCGGGAAGCGGACGCCCGUUGGCGCCUCGCCUCAGGACUCGCAGGCCCGGCAGAGGGAGGCGUGGCGAGCCUCCUCCAGGCGCUACUACCACGCCAGGAAAAUGCCGCACCAACAGCAACACGGAGCCCCGCAGUACCGCGACGCCGAGCCGCCGGGGGAGGACAGAGGAGGACUGGAGGGAAUUUUGUGUCGUUGAUCACGAAGAACUCCGACAAGUUGUGUUGGGAAUCAUUCACGCGUUCCCGACUCCCUAAUCACUAGAUUGGAAUUUUUAGUUGGAGGACUAUGAAGUUGACUAGAAAGUACAUUAAAAAUAAAUUUAUAGUGACUUUUUGGUCAACUUCUAUAGUCCACUAAAUACAAAUUCCUAUAUAACAAUAAGGGAGUUUUCGAUUAAUCGUUUCAGCCCUAGAGUCAACUAUACAGUCCGUCGCUGCGUUCGGAAUCCUUCGCUCAUGUGUUACCAUCAAAUCGCCAUAUAAGGAUUAUUACGAUAUGGAAAAUCCAUAAUUGUAGUGGGUUUUUUUUUUUUAAAUAAGAAAAUAGCACACUAAUGCUGCCUUUUAUAAAACUAUUAACAGUGUAAAGAACAUAUUUGUGCAUCAUUAAUUAAUUGAAGUCCUUCCGGUUGUGGCCACCAGGAGGCAGCAUGGCUCCGUCAUAAAGCCGUCCAACGAGGUUUGUUUCGUUCUCCCUGUCAGACGAUGGCAGGUGUCAUAAAAUAGCAUCGUGGUUAGAAAAGAGAGUUGCCUUCAGAGCUGAAAUGAUCCAUCCCAUAAUCUCGAGUCACUUUCUCGUUUUUUUUUUUUACAGAGUGGACUGGACUGUGUCGUCGACUCAAGGAGAAGUAGUUUUGGGACGGUUUUAGUGCAAUGCGUCAUGGGAUAGCUGGCUUUCCUCGUGACUGGGGGUCGCUCACUACUUUCGAGAUGCAUUGUGGGAAACAAUGCGUGUUUCCCAAGCGCAGCCUGAAAUCAUGUGCUGCGCAGAUACCGAAAUGUUCAUCAAAGUCGUCAUCCGUCCUCAAAUGGAAGCGCUGCAGCGCCCCUGUCGUCCCUUAUCCGCAAUUACAUCAGGAGCGACACAUUUUGGUAUCUUCUAUUGGAUUGCUGAAUACAUGUUUUGUAUCUUUAAAGGGAAUGCUGAGGACUUCGAGGCAGACGUGCUGAUCUACUUUAAACAUCUUUCCAUCCACUUUCUGUACCACUUGUCUUGAUCAUGUUGGAUGAAAAUCAUUGAAUUA